GAAUAAUGCAAUAGCGCUGAUAGUGCGCAUCCUUGGGCUGCGUUCGGGCAGCACGCUAUUAGCGCUAUUGCGUCAUUCUAUCUUUGUUUUACAUCUAAUGAGCAAUAAAGAUAGAAUGACGCUAAAGCGCUGAUAGCGCGCUCUCCGAACGCAGUCCAAGUGUGUUCAGAAUCUGGCAUUUCUGAUUCAACGUCGACGCACAGCUGAUUAACGUGACUUGGACUUUGAUCCUGUUCGAACUUAUAUAUCUACGAAUUUACAGUUAAAUUAUAACAUUUCUCUAAUAAUUCCUCACGAUGUCGAUCGUAACGAAAGGUAUUUUUAUUGUCGCCGCAAAACGCACCCCAUUUGGCACAAUGGGCGGUAUGUUUGUUAAUAAAAGCGCAACCGACUUGGCGGUUGUCGCAUCGACGGCUGCGAUUCAGUCGGCAGGCUUGAAACCCGAUAAGAUCGACAGUGUGGUAUUUGGACACGUUCUAACGUUGUCAUCCUCCGAUGGAGCUUUUCUACCUAGACACGUUUUGUUGAAAUCAGGAAUCCCAUUGGAAAAACCAGCACUCGGCGUGAACAGACUGUGCGGUUCUGGUUUUCAAGCGGUUGUCACUGGAGCUCAUAGUAUUUUGACGGGAGAAUCGAAGAUCGUUUUAACUGGUGGUGCGGAAAACAUGAGCCAAUCUCCUUUUGUUGUAAGGAACGUUCGUUACGGCACCGUUCUGGGUCAGAAAUUUGACUUUGAGGACUCGCUCUGGCUUGGAUUGAAAGACACUUACUGCAAUUUACCUAUGGGUGUGACCGCGGAAAAACUCGGUGCCAAGUACAACUUGAAAAGAGAGGAAGUCGACCAAUUUGCUUUGAGCAGUCAUCAACGCUGGAAAGCUGCUAACGAUGCGGGCCGUUUUAAUGAGGAAAUAGCGCCUGUGCAAGUAACAAUUAAGAAGCAGAACACUUCUGUCAGCGUCGAUGAACACCCACGUCCGCAAACAACAAUCGAGACCCUCGCUAAACUAAAGCCAGUUUUCCAGAAAGAUGGUUUGGUCACGGCCGGUUCUUCAUCGGGAAUCUGCGACGGAGCAGGUGCUGUGAUCUUAGCCAGCGAAGAGGCCGUUAAGACGGAAGGCUUGAAGCCGCUAGCCCGUUUAGUGGGAUACAGCAUUGUUGGUGUGGAGCCAAGUAUUAUGGGAAUCGGUCCCGCACCGGCGAUCAAGAACUUGUUGAAACUUACAAACAAGACACUCGAUGACAUGGAUCUGAUCGAGAUCAAUGAAGCGUUCGUAGCUCAGACUUUAGCCUGCGCGAAAGACUUGAACCUGGACCUAAAUAAAUUGAAUGAGAAUGGUGGUGGUAUCGCCCUGGGACAUCCGUUGGCCGCCUCCGGUAGCAGGAUCACUUCUCACUUGGUGCACGAACUCAGGAGACGAAAAGGUAAGUUCGGUAUAGGAUCUGCUUGCAUCGGCGGUGGCCAGGGAAUCGCUCUGUUGCUGGAAGCGUUGUAAUAAACAACAAUUAAACACUUGUUACUUAUUUUUUUACGCUCUUAAUGAUAUAUAUAUACGGUAUACAAUUAUAUGGAAAAUCAUGAAAAAUAUUUUUAUACACAUUUGCAAAGAUAUUUUACACUAUUUUCUUACAACAAUGUAAAAACUGUUAAAGAAUAUAUUGAUAAUUUAUGGUUUAAUGUU